AUUCUUCAGUAGCACCACUGACACGCGAUCAUCUUCAUUUUACAUACCUAAUUUUACCUUGGAUUGAUUCCAAUUCAUAUUCUUCUAAAUAACCAUCGUUCACCAUGGUUCAGACCCGAAAAGAAAGAAAAGCGGCCGACAUCAAGCUUGCUCACCCCGAUCGAUCCGGUCCUAGCGAAGAGACCUUGCUAAAGCUCGCGGAAGAUCGCAACCUUUUUGAGCAAGCUGACCGACGUAAUGGGAAGCAGCCGGAUGAGAUCGAUGAUGAAGAACCCCUUUCCCCAAGGGCAGAAAGAAUUAUGGACGCCAUCCUCUGGAGCGUUAGUUUGUCAAUGCUGCAUUUUACUCUCGAUGUGCUGGUUCAACAUCAAUAUGCCGUCUCUAUCAUGUGGCCUCAGAUUGUAAUAAGAACAAUGCAAUCCUGUGCUGUGUUUACAUUGCUCAUUUAUGUGCUCCAUCCGCAUAAGGCUUUCCCAAAGUUUUGUCCCGGACUAUCAUUAAAAUACCAGGACCCUCUACGGCAGACUAUUUUCCUCGUUGCUAGCGUCUAUUCCGGUUGCUAUCUGAUUCACAUCUCAAAUAAGUACAGCUAUCUUGCCGUCAUGAAGCAAUCGCCACCCUUGGGUUGCAUCUGGGUUUGGUCCGUUAUCGAACUCAACCUACCUCUUGCUGUGCUCUCUUUAGCCAUUGCAGGCGGCUUCUUCCUCCAAGGCGGAUACACAAUCCAGGCGCCAUAUUAAAUAUAUUUGAUAGAGAAGCGGCAACUAUGUAACACUUUCCCGUCUUUUUCGGUUUUUAGGAUAUGGAUCUUCUCUGAGUGACUUUGGACCUGAGCUCUUUCUUGGGCGUGGACUAGUUGGUGACUUUUCUAUAUCACCAGCAACCCGAUUCCGAUGCAUUGUCCUGGACACAA